AUGAACCGCGCUAAUGAGAUCCAGAAGGACCGACUCGCCGAGCUCGAAGAGAAAGUAAACCUCAUCCUAAAAGGAAACAUGUAUGUAUCACCUCAAUUUGCUUCGACCAAUUGCUCACGCUGGCGCAGACCAACCCGAGGGAGGGAAUCAGUCCUCGAAGAUGCCAAAGAUCUCACAGAGGCAAGAUUCACACAAAGUAGCCAGCCUCGCGAUCGUCGCGACUCGAGCUAUAGCGACCCGUCGCCCCCUAAUCUCACUUUUGAUGAUACCAGUCCCCAGCCUUCGUCGCUGGCCGUUGCCCGAGCAGUCGAUCUGUACAUGAAGUAUUGCCACCGACAGCCCGUCUGGUGCUUUAAUUUUGAAGAACAUGGGGAUCUGGAAUCCUUACCGGAAGAGCUCAUCUGUAGUAUCAUUGCGCUGACGGCGCGGUUCUCGCACGAGGGGGAACACGGGCAGCACCAUGCGGAUACGGCGAAGAGUUUAAUUAUGCUGCGGAUUGCGAAUGGGACGGUGGAAUUGAGUACGAUUGAGGCUCUGUGCUUGCUGGCGUAUUCUUCGUUUAUUGAUGGCGAUAUGCACCUUGGUCGAUUUCACCUCGGACUUGCAUUUCAGCUCUGUCGGUCUGCUCUGCUCGACACAGAGUCCGCCUAUACUCCGGGAGAUCCCCACAUAGAGCGGAAGAAGAGGUUAUUUUGGAGUCUACAGCUAUUGGAACAGUCGUAUGGCCGUCAGACCGGACUGCUGAGCAUUCCCUCGGAGACCUGGCGUCCGGUGGACUAUUUCGCAAGCAACGGCAGAGAACCACAAAGAGACGCCGAGAAACCUCCCCCAUUGCCGCGAGACACAAUCGGCUGCGCUACGCCAGACGACACUGGCAUCUGGAGCAUGACGAUCCACUUUGGCUGGGUCUGGAGCAAAGUACGCACAUAUGUGUCCGACUGUGCAAACAAUCGACUGCGCGAGCCCUGGCGUCACGAGUCAAUGUAUUCCAUGGUUCUUUCCGACCUGACAGAAAUCGAGAACCAAACACCACUUUGCCAUCGAUACGACCAUGUACGAUUCUACGAUCGACAGCCGGACGAACUGAUCGUCAACCGCGCGUACUGGGUCCCCUGGCUCAAAUUACAGUUCAUGUACCAUGCCAUCCUCACCGUGCUCAACCAUCCUUUCCUGUACAUCAUGGCCUCGCGGCAUAACCCCAACCUGGCCAUUCCGAAUAGUUUCUGGCGCCGCUCGUCGGAGUUGGUACUUCUACAUGCAACAUGGAUCGUGCGUAUGAUUGACAUGCUAUCGGACAAGGACGUACGCCUGACCGAUCCCUUCUUCGCGCAUGUGGCUGCGAUCGCUGCGACGGUGCAGCUGUAUUACUGCUGCGCUGGAGACCCAAGACUAAAGUACAAGUCCCGUGCGGAUCUAGCCCGCUCCGGCACAGAGAACGUAGAUUACGACAGCUGGGUUCCGUCUAAGAUCCAUCUGAACAUCCCCUUGAUGUGGGAUAUCCUCCAGUUCACCUGCAGCGACGAUUCCUAUCCCGCUGUCCCGUCUGGAAGCCUCUUGCAUUCCUCACUCAGUGCUUCCGCAACCAGAAACGACGCAGAGGAAAGCUCUACACUCGAAAUCAUCGUGACGACAUCACCUGAAGUAACCGUCAACACCGCAGACGGCGGCCAGGGCGUCCCUAUGCCUCUGUAUCGGGCCCCGAAUUCGUCCAAGGACAGCGAUACGAGCCCAGCUACAGCUCGACGGUCUAUGCCUCCCCCAGACGCAGUGGUAGCUCCGAUCGACAGCCUUAUGCUCAACACGCCCUGGCUAUGGGCUGAUCCGGCGCCAUUUGGAGACGUGGAUGAUCUCGAUUAUAGCACGUCCGCUCCGGCGAUAGGUGACAUUGAAGGUUCGGCGUGGUGGAAUCUGGGAAAUCUAUAA